AUGAUGCACAGACGGGGUGGUAAGCGGAUCCGCAUGGACGAUCCGGUGCCGCCGGAGUACGAGACGCCGAUGACUCCGAUGACGCCGAUGAACGACAAUUCCGGCGGGGACGCGAACGAUUACAACGCGUAUACCCCGUAUCAGGCGUCUCAGACUCCGCUGCACAAUCCCACUCCAGAACAUUAUUCCUCUGAGAGCUACAGUUCACCAGGCACAUCUCAACAGCAAUAUCAGGAGCACACAGGAAACUUUGACAAUCAGACGCAAUUUGAGGCUCCUGCAACACCAGCGGCGUCUAACAUGAGGAUCACAAGGAACACGCGUGCCAGGAUGCGUGGAGGAGUGGUCCAGCAACCCAAGUACAAAGAAAUCGAUACGGAUUAUGUUCCAACGUCCAACACUAGAGGCAGAGGUGGAGGUGGACGAGGACGUAACAAACGGGCCCAUCAUUCGCAUAGUUUAGAAGACGAAGCUAGUCUUUAUUAUGUCAUUAGAAAUAAUCGUUCAUCACUUACAACUAUCGUUGACGACUGGAUAGAAAAGUACAAAAGUAAUAGAGAAAACGCGCUGCUUAUGUUGAUGCAGUUUUUCAUUAAUGCAAGUGGUUGCAAAGGUCGCAUCACCUCAGAGAUGCAAUUAACCAUGGAGCAUGUAGCAAUUAUUCGCAAAAUGACUGAAGAAUUUGACGAAGAAAGUGGAGAAUAUCCAUUGAUAAUGACAGGACAACAGUGGAAGAAGUUUCGUACAAAUUUUUGCGAAUUUGUCCAAAUUCUCGUCCGACAAUGUCAAUAUUCAAUUAUUUAUGAUCAAUUUUUAAUGGACAAUGUUAUUUCUUUAUUAACUGGACUGUCAGAUUCACAAGUGAGGGCAUUUAGACAUACUGCGACGCUUGCUGCCAUGAAAUUAAUGACAGCUUUAGUAGACGUUGCUUUAACUGUCUCCAUAAAUUUGGACAAUACGCAGCGACAAUAUGAGGCGGAGAGACAAAAGACUCGGGAGAAAAGAGCAGCGGACAGAUUGGAGUCUUUGAUGGCAAAGCGAAAAGAAUUGGAAGAGAACAUGGACGAGAUAAAGAACAUGCUUACAUAUAUGUUCAAAUCUGUUUUUGUUCAUAGAUAUAGGGACACCUUGCCAGAAAUACGCGCAAUUUGUAUGGCAGAGAUUGGAGUCUGGAUGAAGAAAUUCCAUCAAAAUUUCUUAGAUGAUUCCUAUCUGAAAUAUAUUGGUUGGACUUUACAUGAUAAAGUUGGAGAAGUUAGACUCAAAUGUUUGCAGGCGUUACAACCUCUGUAUGCUUCGGAGGAGCUAAAAACGAAGCUCGAAUUGUUCACAAGCAAAUUCAAAGAUAGAAUCGUCGCAAUGACAUUAGAUAAGGAGUACGAUGUAGCAGUACAAGCUGUAAAACUGGUUAUCUCAAUCUUGAAACAUCAUAGAGAGAUUCUUCUCGAUAAAGACUGCGAACACGUGUACGAGCUCGUUUAUUCCUCGCAUCGUGCGGUUGCACAGGCGGCUGGUGAAUUUCUGAACGAACGUUUAUUCCGUCCCGAUGACGAAGCUACGGCAGGUAUUAAGACCAGACGCGGCAAAAAGCGAUUGCCAAAUACGCCACUUAUACGCGAUCUUGUUCUAUUCUUUAUCGAAUCCGAGUUACACGAGCACGGAGCGUAUUUAGUCGAUUCCUUGAUCGAGACUAAUCAAAUGAUGAAGGAUUGGGAAUGUAUGACGGAUCUCUUGUUGGAAGAGGCUGGCCCUGAUGAAGAAGCAUUGGACAAUCAGAAAGAAACAUCACUCAUUGAAUUAAUGGUGUGUUGUAUAAAACAAGCUGCUACGGGCGAAGCACCGGUGGGCCGUGGACCCACUCGAAAAAUCCUGUCAAUGAAAGAACAUAAACAAGUACAAGAUGAUAAGCAAAAAUUGACGGAACAUUUCAUUCAAAUGUUACCACUGUUGCUGGAUAAAUACAGAGCAGAUCCUGAAAAAUUGGCGAAUCUCCUCGCAAUUCCACAAUAUUUUGAUUUGGAUAUUUACACAAAAUCUAGACAGGAAAUAAAUUUAGAUUCUCUGUUAACUAAAAUUCAUGCAAUUGUAGAAAAAAUGCAUGAUACUGAAGUUCUAGAUACAGCAGCUAAAACUUUAGAACAUAUGUGUGUGGACGGCCAUGCCAUCUUCACCAAGUGUGACGUCGCUCGUUCAACUUUAAUCGAUGCCAUUGUAAAUAAAUAUAAAGAAUCGAUCGACGAAUACAGAAAUUUGAUUGAGGGAAAUGAAGAACCAGAUGAAGAUGAAAUAUUUAACGUUGUCCAAUCACUCAAAAAAGUUUCUAUUUUUUAUGCCUGUCACAAUAUGAAUCCCUGGGGCAUAUGGGAUUCGUUGUACAAAGAUAUUGAGGAUGCGAAGGAUCCUUCAAAAUGUUUACCGCACAAAGCAGUUAAAUACUGCAUAACCGCAUGCUUCUUUGCCAUUCUGUGGGGCGAACAUCAUCUGAUGGAAGCAGUGGACUCGGGCAGUCGUGGCGAAGACGAAUGCCGACAGUUGAAGGAGCGAUUGCAUUCCUUUAUGGGUUCAAUGCGCCAUUUCGUCAGUGGCGAUAGUAGCGGCACGCCAUCGUCACCAAUAUUAAGAGAAGUUGCUUAUAACGCUAUAUGCGACUUGUUGGUUGUGUUUUGCAAUCAACUGACCACACAUACUAAUCCCUUAAUGCAUCAAUUGGUAUACGAACCAGACCAAGCGAUGCAAAACAUGCUCAACAGAUUCAUCCAAGAGUAUGUUUUCUUCGAAGAAGAAGAUGAUGAACAUGACGAACAUUCUAAAAUUGAGGAGUUGCAUAAACGAAGAAAUUUCUUGGCUGGCUAUUGCAAAUUAAUCGUAUACAACAUGAUCCCUACAAAAGCCGCGGCAGAUGUCUUUAAACAUUACGUCAAAUAUUACAAUGAUUAUGGUGAUAUUAUUAAAACCACAUUAGGCAAAGCGAGAGACAUCAACAAAACGAACUGUGCGCUAACGAUGCAGCAAAGUUUAAAUAUCUUAUAUAAUGAGAUAAUGGCUGAAAAAGGCAAGGUGAACAGAAACAGUGAAGAAUUUACUGCGAUAAAGGAACUUGCAAAGCGAUUUGCUUUAUCUUUUGGUUUGGAUGCUGUGAAAAAUCGCGAAGCGAUUACAGCCUUGCAUCGCGCGGGAGUGUUAUUCGUCAUUACUCCUCCAGACGGUAUCGAACAGGAUCCUACCGGUCCGCCACCGAAUUUGCCGUUCCUCGAAAUAUUGUCAGAGUUUACGAAUAAGCUUCUCAAGCAGGAUAAACGUGUAGUACUCAACUUUUUGGAUAGACGGUUACAAGCUGGAAUGCCAUCCUCACGAGGAGAAGAUUGGCAGCCUUUAUUGUUGUAUAGAAACAGCUUAUUACAUGGUGAAACUGAUCAAGUUCCGGUUACAAGCAAACGAGCUUACACAAGACGCAAGAAAGAUCAUUUAGCAGAGGAAGAGGAUGCUGAUGAACCUGAUGAAGGUUCUGAUCAUGAACUUGCUGGCAAACAGAAGAAAAAACGUGGCCCACGAAAGAAUCAAUUACCAGUUAAUAAAGUGGUGAUAACACGCGGACCUAGAACAAAUACUUUUUAUGAAAAUAAUGACGCUGCGCAAAUGCAGACUUCUCCUUCAGCAAUCAUAGAAGAUGCUUCGACAAGUCCUUCUCAAGACAUUGACAGUAGACUUAAAACUUUACAGAUCCAAUCAAGAUCCCGACGAAAUCAAGAGCAUGUAGAGCAUAGGGAGUUGCGGAGGACUUCUAGAAACUCAGGGAGAUACGUUGAAGGACAAUACAUGGAAUCUGAUUCCGAGUAGAAGACAUUGUAAUUCUUAAAACCUUUGCUCUCUUUCUCUUUUAAAUUUGGACGAUUGGAUUGUGAUAUGUAUUUAAACCAGCUAUGCGACUUGAAAAGUAUAAAAAUAUACUUAAUUUAUGUGAUGACAUAAAAGCUUUCAGAACGAGUAUUAAUAUGUUUUGUGUUCAAAAAUUUAAUUUUUUGAAAUUUUAUUUUAUUACGUCAUGUUAUAAGUAACAUGCUAUACGUAUUUCAUUUUUAUAAAAAAAUGAGUACUAUAAGAGAAUUAUCUCUAUCAACAAUCUAAUAACUUCUUUAAAUAAACAUAUAAUGUAUUAGUAGUUUUAUUUGUGGACGUAUUGUAGGUACAUGAUAAACUAAAUAUACUUUUAUAUAUAAUUACAUCUCGCUUUUCCUGUACAUUUUGUGAUAAUAUUUUGUACACAUAAAUGUUUCAUAUAAAUUUA